AUGAAGUUUGCACUUAUAUGUAAGUUCCUACAUUUUUCUAAUAAUAACGAAAUUGACGAAAACACUUCUCAGAGGGAGCUAUUCAAAAUCAAACCUGUCCUAGAUCAGCUUCAAAAAAGGUUUAUGGAGGUUUACAUUCCUGAACAAAGAAUUUCCAUUGACGGGUCACUACUAGGUUGGAAAGGUCGCCUAACGUGGAAACAGUACAUCUCAUCUAAAAGGAAAAGGUUUGGGAUAAAACUAUUUAUUUUAGCUGAAAGCUCAACAGGCUACACCUAUAACUUUUUGAUAUUUACCGGAGCUGAUACAAACUAUGGCAACAGCUUCGUGAGUGAACCUUUAUCAGCUAGAGUGGUAUUAGAACUCUCAAAUAAUAUCUUAGAUAAUGAUUAUUGUCUGUCUCUCGAUAACUACUAUACUAGCGUGGACUUGGCAGAAAAGUUAUCGAUGAGGCGCACAGAUUGUGUUCGCACAGUGAGGUUGAAUAGGAAAGGUAUACCAAAAGAGCUGAAGCAGAAAAAGUUGGAACACGGAGAAGCAUGUGCUUUAUUUAGGAAGAAAAUUAUGUUUCUGAAGUAUAAAGAUAAAAAAGAAAUAGUGAUGAUAAGUACUUUACAUGACAAUCAGUUUGUAGAGAAAAAAAAACAGAGGGAAGGUAAUGAAAAAGCCAGUAGUUAG